AUGGGACACAAGAAGAAGACCAAGCCGAAGCAACAGCCGGAUGGCGAUGCCGCUAAUGUCGAGCAAUCUCCAGCACCUACACUGUCAACGCCCGAGGACACCUUGGAGAGGAAGAGUGCCUCUUCCGAUUCGUCUGGUGGGUUUGUGAUGAGCACAAGUGCUAGGAGAAGGAAGAACAAGCUGCGUAAUGAACAGAAGGCCAAGGAUGCUGCUGGGGUUGUGACAGUGCCGAGCGAAGCGAACUUGCCAGCCAUCCCUACUGAACCAGCAGCCCAUUUUGAGGAACUCGCCGCCAAGCUCAAGGAAGAGGCGAGCCUUAUGAAGUUAAGCAAGACGGAUAGAAGCAGCUCGGACGAGUUCAUCCGGAAGUUGGCGCACGUCGUGGAGGCCGAGAGGGCCCGCCUUCAACCGAAGCCUUCUUUUAGAGGAACUGUCCAGCAGUUGAGGCUACAAAUUUACGACUUAUCUACAGCACUCGGUUGUUUUGAAAGUACAGAUUCGAUAGACGCCAAGGAGACUAAGGCUAUGCUCACUGAGUUGGAAUCCCAGUUCGUACGUUUGGUGGAGCAGGAAGCUUUCCGUUCCUUCCAGCAACGUGUCAAUGCCAUUAAGAACACUGUAGAGCGACAGCAACAACAGGGUCAGUCAAGGAAGGAGAGCCCGGCCAAGCCGAGCCGACCCCCGAGGGCACCUCAGGACGGUGGGAUGGGACGUGUAGCUCAUAGGCUGCAGCAAAUACUAGGCCUAGAGGAGGUACCGCCACUAGAACAACUGCAUACUAAAGAGAUCACUAGAGAUGCGGGUGUAUCGUCUGCUCUGCUCGACGUGCUAUUGCCUAAUGGUGGCUCUAGUCAACUGGCUCAGAAGUGGGAGAAGGAAUAUAGGGUAUGUCUGCAACCAGUGUUUGGCGAAAAACGGUCUGUGAGAGGAAUAAAAGUGACGGGAAUCAAGGAGGAAGCCGUAGAAGGCGCGCUGAGGAAGAUGGAGACUUUCAACCCGGUGGUGAGCCGUUCCAUCAGCCUAGUGCUGCCUGAACAUGGAAGUGCUAGUCCUAACGUGUUGAACAGUAUCAGGAGGAGGGUCUUCCAGCUGGCCCCUCAGCUCGAGUCGCGUCAUGGUGUUGUGAUCGUCAAGGAUGCUAAGGGGGACUCUGUUACUAUAUACAGCCCUGAGGCAGAGAAGGUAGAUAAGAUUGUCGAGGAGCUGCAUACUGCUAUGAGUGAGCGACCGAGGCCUCGCACUGGUUCGAGUGGUGGGGGAGACCAUAAGGAGUUAGGAGGUCGUCGUGGGGAGUUCAGAGACACGUCGCUGAAGCUUGAAGUUGGAAUAGCCAAGUGUGUCGUGGGAGACAGGGGAGAAAACAUAAGACGGUUGGAGUUCCUGUCCAAGUGCCAGAUUCACAUCAAAGGCCCUCCACCUGAUGCCAAUGCUCAUAAGAACACUGGUAUCGCUCAUGUCACUAUUCGCGGGGCGAGCGCUAAUGACGUCGCUACUGGGCUUAAGAUGGUCCGAGAAUAUGCCAACAGUGUUGGUAAGCGAGUGGUGAAGUGCUCUAAUAAGGAGGUUCUGGACAGGCUGUUUGGUGCGGGCCAGGGCGGCCACACCAGCGUGGCAAGCAGGUUUGCCACUAUCAGGAGGCAAUGUGGCUGUACGAUACUGAGGGACUCUGAUACAACACUACAAGUGCUUCUACCGUUCAACGACGAUCCGACUUUGGAGAAGGAGUUGGAUGCCGCGGUGAAGGAUAUCCAGCAUCUGGUCGAAGAGGCUUCUUUGGCCGUUGAGAAAGUACCGGUUUCAUCCGAGCAUAGCCACAUUUGGGAGGAUACGGGCAACCUGCGAAGCAUUCAGAGGAAGUCAGGGCUCAUCCGCUUGACCUUACGGAAAGGCGGGGACGGGCAGGAGGCCCAUCUGGAGCUUCUGGGCAAUGCUCAAGCGGCUUCCAAGGCGAGAGUGUUGAUUGAAAAGCUUAUUGAUACGAGUGGCACUGCAGAGAGGUUCGAGACUUUGAAGGAGUGCAAGGGUGAUGGGGACCUGGCGGAGGCGGUGGUGAAUAUGCUCAGUGCUAACGGGCAGGCUACAUUACACCAGAUUGCUCGAGACUCGGGGACUAAGCUUUAUGUGGAGGAGAGUGGUGAUGGGAAGAAUGUGAAGGCAGUUGGUGGACCUACAGAGGUCGCAUUAGCGAUGAAACUACUGCGUCGUGCUGUGGCGGAGCAUAAGGCCUUGUUGGCAUUGAUGACGACAGUGCAGGUUGCCAUACCACACGAUAAGGUGGCUAGUGUUGUGGGACCAUCAGGGAGAACUUUGCAUAAAAUUCAGAAGUUGACGCUUUGCACGGAUGUGCAGUUGAGCAAGAGAGGAGCGGGUGGAGGCGUCAAAGAGAGGUCGGCGGCUGUCUGUGUGAUAAGGGGAGCGGAAGAGGCCGUGAAGAAGGCGGAGGCGAUGUUGAAGGAGAUUAUAGAGUCGGGGAUGAGUAGCGCCCUCCAGCAAAAUGGUGUGGUUGCCGCUGGAGACUCCCCGACUGCUGCCGAGACCAAGUUCGUGGGUGCACGAGAUGCCCAGCCACGACUGAGGAACAAAACGCGAGGAAGUGCCUGGGGUGGUGGAGGAGGAGCGGCGGGUGGCGAGGGUGCAUCAUCGUCCAAGUCGAGAGGUGGUGCUGUUGCGAAGGCUGUCAAAAAGGACUUCGUUUUUGACGAGUCUGAUUUCCCCGCCCUCCCCGGCAAACCGAAGGAAGAGAAGCCCGCAGAGAGUCUUCGCAAAGACUCGUCAAAGUAG